UACCUGAACCUACUGAAAUCAUGCAGAAACUUUACAUUUCGUUGUUAGUUGUUCUAUCAGCUGUCACUGUGUGUUUCGGAGGACAGCAGUCCGCAGCUGAAGCUAGUGUGUGUGGUCAUUGUGACGAUUGUGACGACAUAGAUUGUCCUUGGGGCACAGUAGAAGGAUACGCUUAUCCUUGCCAAUGUUGUCCAAGUUGUGUAAUUCAGGAAGGUGACGAUUGUCCUUGGACCGGUCCUGAUCCACCCUCUGGAAAAGUUGAAUGUGUAGUUGAUACAGAUUGUUGCAAUGGAAUUUGCACUGAGGAUUGUGACAAGAAGUAACCAUCCAAGACACAGGCAUGAUCGAUAUACCUACCUCUAGCAUUUUAGAAAAAAACACGGUUUUGGUUGUUUUGGGUCUUGGUUUCAAUGGGUUGAUUUUUGAAUAAAGUUGAGCAUGUUCAAUUUA